AUGGCACCUGGUUUUGCGCCAGGAAGGCCCCCAACCUACGCCAAGCUAGGCAAUGAACCUGAUGAUUUUGGGGAUGAUAAUUUUGUGGCUGACCAGCGGCGCACUCAGCAAAUUGAGCGUCAGAAGCAGGACGAAAAUCUGGACGAGCUACACUCCGCUGUCAAGCGUCUUGGCGACAUGAGUCUUAAUAUCAGUACAGAACUUGACACGCAAAACAAAAUGCUCGACGAUCUGAGCGAUGACACAGAUAAGGCCAAACACGCACUGGAAGCUGUGACAAAACAAACGCAAGAACUUAUUAAGCAGUCGGGCGGCAUGAAAAACUUUAUUGUUAUUAUUGUGCUGGUGCUGAUCUUGCUUUUGUUGACGUAUUUGGUGAUCAUGACAUAG